UAUUGUAUUUGCUGAAAUUGAAGUUUAGGUUUUAUAGAAUAUUUUAUACACUGAAUUAAUUAAAUCAAAAGAACAGUCUGAGGAAAACUACUGUAUUUUGCCAUGUAUAAUGCACACUUUUUUGGCCCAAAUUUUUGAGGGAGAAAGAAGGAUGAUCAUUACACAUGGGUAUAGUGAUUACACACAGUGGGUGUAACAAUCCUGUUUAUAACGCCCACAAAAUGCAGGUGUGCAUUAUACACGGGAGCACAUUAUACAUGGUAAAAUACGCUAGCUAUUAGUGUAAAAAGAUAAGGGAAAUACAAACUGAAACGAGUAUUCUUUUACCAAUCAGGUUGUUAUAAUCUAAACACUGAUUUACUCUAGCACUGGUGAAGAAACGAGGAAGGGGCAUACCCAUGUACUAGUGGUGGGAGUAUAAAUUUGUGUCUAGUUCCGGAGGAUGAGUUGGAGAUGAUGUGUGGAUGCAUAUGGUAAUAAUCUGUAUUAUGCAGUUGCACAGGUACAUAGUUACAUGUCCAAUUUGUCAUGUUCAACAUUAUUUGUAAGAGGUAAAAUGUGGAGCCAACCAUUAAUGUUGAUUGAAUAAUUAUUGUAUGUCUGUAUUAUAAUAGUUUACUGCCUUACAAAGAAUGGACUAGAACUUUAUGAACUGACCUAAAGAGAUGUUAAUGAUAAAGAGGGAGAAAUGCACAUAACAAUGUAGUAUGAUUAUAUUGUUUGCAGAAAAACACAAGUGAUUGUAUAUUAGUUUGUGUAUAGAAAGAUACUUAGAAGAAUACAACGAUAUAUACCAAACUGUUGGGAUUAGGGGCGAGAAAGUGGAAGACAUGCACUUUUUAUCUUCCCUCUUCUGAAGGAGAGGAGAACGGAGGGAGAAAGAGAGGGCGAGAAACUUCAAGGUGUGAGAGAUACAUGGAUCAGUUGCCUCUCACACGCCCCCGACCGGGGACCUGGCCUGCAAUCCAGACUGCUGCAGUAAGAAUGUCUUUCCCCCCUCAUUUGAAUCGCCCUCCAAUGGGAAUCCCAGCACUCCCACCAGGGAUCCCACCCCCACAGUUUCCUGGCUUUCCUCCACCUGUACCUCCAGGAACCCCGAUGAUCCCUGUACCAAUGAGUAUUAUGGCUCCUGCUCCAACUGUCUUAGUACCCACAGUGUCCAUGGUUGGAAAGCAUUUGGGAGCCAGAAAGGAUCAUCCAGGCUUAAAGACAAAAGAAAAUGAUGAAAAUUGUGGUCCUACUACAACAGUUUUUGUUGGCAACAUUUCUGAGAAAGCCUCAGACAUGCUCAUAAGACAGCUCCUUGCUAAAUGUGGCUUGGUUUUAAGCUGGAAGAGAGUACAAGGUGCAUCUGGAAAACUUCAAGCCUUUGGAUUCUGUGAGUAUAAGGAGCCUGAAUCUACCCUCCGGGCACUCAGGUUACUGCAUGACCUGCAGAUUGGAGAGAAGAAGCUGCUUGUUAAAGUCGAUGCAAAGACAAAGGCACAACUAGACGAAUGGAAAGCAAAGAAGAAAGCUUCUAAUGGGACUGCCAGGCCAGAAACUGUCACUAAUGAUGAUGAAGAAGCCUUAGACGAAGAAACAAAGAGAAGAGAUCAGAUGAUCAAAGGGGCCAUUGAAGUUCUGAUACGUGAAUACUCCAGCGAGCUCAAUGCCCCUUCACAAGAAUCUGACUCUCACCCGAGGAAGAAGAAGAAGGAAAAGAAAGAGGACAUUUUUCGCAGAUUUCCAGUGGCACCUCUGAUCCCUUAUCCACUCAUCACUAAGGAGGAUAUAAAUGCUAUAGAAAUGGAAGAAGACAAAAGAGACCUGAUAUCUCGAGAGAUCAGCAAGUUCAGAGAUACACACAAGAAACUGGAAGAAGAGAAAGGCAAAAAAGAAAAAGAAAGACAGGAAAUUGAGAAAGAACGGAGAGAAAGAGAGAGGGAGCGUGAAAGGGAACGAGAAAGGCGAGAACGGGAACGAGAAAGGGAAAGAGAACGUGAACGAGAAAAGGAGAAGGAACGGGAGCGGGAACGAGAACGGGAUAGGGAUCGUGACCGGACGAAGGAGAGAGAUCGAGACCGCGAUCGAGAAAGAGACCGUGACCGUGAUCGGGAACGGAGUUCAGAUCGCAAUAAGGAUCGGAGUCGUUCAAGAGAAAAGAGCAGAGAUCGUGAAAGGGAACGGGAGCGGGAACGAGAAAGAGAGAGAGAACGGGAACGAGAAAGAGAACGCGAGAGAGAGAGAGAACGUGAAAGGGAACGGGAGCGUGAGAGAGAGAAAGACAAGAAGAGGGACCGAGAAGAGGACGAAGAAGAUGCAUAUGAACGAAGAAAACUUGAGAGAAAACUCCGAGAGAAAGAAGCUGCUUAUCAAGAGCGUCUCAAGAAUUGGGAAAUCAGAGAACGGAAGAAAACUCGGGAAUAUGAGAAAGAAGCUGAAAGAGAAGAAGAAAGAAGAAGGGAAAUGGCAAAAGAAGCUAAACGACUGAAAGAAUUCUUAGAAGAUUAUGAUGAUGAUAGAGAUGAUCCCAAAUAUUACAGAGGAAGUGCUCUUCAGAAAAGGUUGCGUGAUAGGGAAAAGGAAAUGGAAGCAGAUGAACGGGAUAGGAAAAGAGAGAAGGAGGAGCUAGAGGAAAUCAGGCAACGACUUCUGGCAGAGGGGCAUCCAGAUCCAGAUGCAGAGCUUCAGAGGAUGGAACAAGAGGCUGAGAGACGCAGACAGCCACAAAUAAAGCAAGAACCAGAAUCAGAGGAAGAAGAAGAAGAAAAACAAGAAAAAGAAGAAAAACGAGAGGAACCCGUGGAAGAGGAAGAAGAGCCUGAGCAGAAGCCCUGUCUCAAACCAACUUUGAGGCCCAUCAGUUCCGCCCCAUCUGUUUCCUCUGCCAGUGGCAAUGCAACCCCCAACACUCCUGGGGAUGAGUCUCCCUGUGGUAUUAUAAUUCCUCACGAAAACUCUCCAGAUCAACAACAACCUGAGGAGCAUAGGCCAAAAAUAGGACUAAGUCUUAAACUGGGUGCUUCCAAUAGUCCUGGCCAACCCAAUUCUGUGAAGAGAAAGAAACUCCCUGUAGAUAGUGUCUUUAACAAAUUUGAAGAUGAAGACAGUGAUGAUGUACCCAGAAAAAGGAAACUGGUUCCUUUGGAUUAUGGUGAAGAUGAUAAAAAUGCUGCCAAAGGCACUGUAAACACUGAAGAAAAGCGCAAACACAUUAAGAGUCUCAUCGAGAAAAUACCUACAGCCAAACCUGAGCUCUUUGCUUAUCCCCUGGAUUGGUCUAUUGUGGAUUCUAUAUUGAUGGAGCGACGAAUUAGACCGUGGAUUAAUAAGAAAAUCAUAGAAUACAUAGGUGAAGAAGAAGCUACAUUAGUUGAUUUUGUUUGUUCUAAGGUUAUGGCUCAUAGUUCACCUCAAAGCAUUUUAGAUGAUGUUGCCAUGGUACUUGAUGAAGAAGCAGAAGUUUUUAUAGUCAAAAUGUGGAGGUUAUUGAUAUAUGAAACAGAAGCCAAGAAAAUUGGUCUUGUGAAGUAAACCUCUAUUUACAUUUAGAGUUCCAUUUCAGAUAUCUUCUUUCCCAUCCUUCAAAGGACUUUGAAAAUUUUUUUUUUGUCUUCAAAGACAUUUGUGAGACCUGUAAUUUUUUUUUAAUGUAGAGAAUGUGAAUUUUUUUUUCUCCCAAUUUGUUGAUGCCCUGUGUAUUCCCUUGGUUGUAAAGAUAUCUGAAUCCUACCCUGGUUUUCUUUAUACUCACCAGGUACAAAUUACUGGUCUGUUUUAUAAGCCACAGCUGCUGUACACAGCCUAUCUGAUAUAAUCUUGUUCUGCUGAUUUGUUCCUUGUAAAUAUUAAAAUGACUCCCCAA